AUGAAGCUACUAGUGGUACUUAUGCUUUUUAUUCAUAUAAGCACAACACUACACAGGAUACCCCUGGUAAAAGUCCAAUCAAUCCGGCACCAACUCCGGCAAAAGAAUGAACUAGAGGAAUUUUGGCUACACCACCAACCUUAUGUCUUUGCCAAGAAGUAUAAGCAGUGCUUUCCAGAACAGGUUUCCUUGACAGCAGGGCCAACAGCAGAGUAUCUGGUUGAUUAUAUGAAUGCUCAGUACUAUGGAGUAAUCAGUGUUGGAACCCCCCCUCAAAACUUUAGUGUGGUCUUUGACACUGGAUCUUCCAACUUUUGGGUCCCUUCCUGUUUCUGUAUAAGUGAUGCAUGCAAUAUCCAUGAGAAUUUCAAGCCCUUUCUGUCCACAACAUACGAGCAUGUUGGGAAGACCUUUUCUAUUCACUAUGGCACUGGACAACUUGUUGGUGUAAUCGGAAAGGACACACUGCAGAUCAGCAACAUGACCAUAGAAGGGCAAGACUUUGGUCAAUCAAUAAAUGAACCUGGAAGAACAUUUGUGUUGGCACAGUUUGAUGGGGUGCUGGGCCUUGGAUAUCCUGCACUUGCUGUUGGUAAUGCAGUGCCGGUAUUUGACCAGAUAAUCAAGCAAAAGCUAUUGGAUAAACCAAUAUUUUCUUUUCAUUUAAAUAAAGAUGAAGAUUUUCAGUAUGGGGGAGAGCUGAUAUUAGGGGGGAUAGAUAACACCCUUUACAGAGGUCCAAUUCACUGGAUUCCCAUCACACAAAAGGGUUACUGGCAAAUAAGGCUUGAAAACAUCAAAGUUCAUGGGAAAAUACAAUUUUGUCCCAAUGGUUGUGAGGCUAUUGUUGAUUCUGGGACCUCUCUCAUUACUGGGCCUAGUGCUGAUAUAAAGGAGUUGCAGAAAUUUAUUGGAGCUACACCCAUGUUAUUUGGAGAGUAUGCGGUAGACUGCAAGUCGUUAUCUAGUCUUCCAAGUGUGACCUUCACCAUAGGACAUAGAGACUACACAAUAACUCCUGAGCAGUAUGUGAUUAAGGAGCAAUCGGAAACGUCUGCAGUGUGCCUGGCUGGGUUUCAACCCAUGGAUUUGUCUACUAAAUCUGGACCUCUCUGGAUCCUGGGAGAUAUCUUUAUGUCCAAGUUCUACAGUGUGUUUGACCGUGAGCAUGACAGAGUUGGACUGGCAAAAUCCAAUAAAAAGAGGCACAGACAUCAGGACACACAAACAUUGGUGUCAACCAACCUUUGA